GCGAAGUGUAAGAGAACUAAGCGAGGCGAAGUAGUGCCAGUGUGUGUUGCUAAGCAGUGACGUGAGGUUGGUCUGUUUGGGUAUGGCAGGGCAGGCAUAAGCAGCGAAGCAAGAAAUCGACACAUCCACAGUGACUUUAAAAACAUGGCAGGCAGCCGUUGGAGGAUCUACCGCCUUUUUCUCCUUCUUUCUCUUCAUUCGGCGUUUUCUGAAGUUCCCCCUGCAUCACCUUCAUCCCCAACUUCCCUCGAUCCCUCCCUUUAUCACGAGACACCACUACCGUCUGUUCCGCAACCUUUCGCUUGUAUCACACCUUGAUGCCCUACCGGAAUCCGAAAUCACUCCAGGGGCAGCAGGUCCUUCCGAAUCCAUAUCAAUCCAGCUCGGCUUUCUUGUUUCUACAAAGGGAGAGCCUGGUCUUUUAAACGCCAAUUUAACGACAUCUGCAAAUUCUACUCAUAUGGUUUCUGUCUCAAGUUCAGAGGUCCUUCCACUAGCCAAUGUCACGCAAAAAGGAGAUGAUUUCACAGAUUUUGCUGUAACGGGGUCUAGUCUCCCCGAUGUAAGUGCAUCUAUAGGAAAUGGCACAUUCAACUCCUCUUUGAUAUUUCCUCUUCUUCCGAGUCCUCCUAAUGCCAUCUCAAGAUCAUCCGAAAGAGAAUCACUACUUCUACCAAUCCUGACGAGCAAAGCGUCCACGGCCUCAGCGACUACCUCUACCUUCUCACAGUUACGGUCUCUGGCUCACACCUCUUCUAUCCCCUCAUUAUCAGUAAUAACAGAAUCGUCUUCCUCUAGUAGCUAUCGACAAGGACGCCUUUACGAGUGUAACUCAUCCUUCUUACGUUAUUGGAAAUUCUUCCCAGUCUUCUCAAAAAAAAAUUUAUCUGCAACUGAUUCUCUCUCUCAUGUUCAGCUAUUAAAUAUUCCCGCCGAUAAUUCCGCAAACCAGAUGCAUUCUUCUACACAGCGUGACAUCCAAAGGACUUUGACUCCCCUGCCAUAUUCGCUGCAUUCACCCGUCAUUAAGCAGCUCGAUCCUUCUCAAUCCGUCUAUAAGCAGCUUGAUCCUUCUCAACCUGUCUCUAAGAAGCUCGAUCCCUUGCUACCUUUCAAUAACCAGCUCGAUCCUUCUCCACCCGUUUUUAAGCAGCACAAUGCAUCUCAAUCUGUCUCUAGGAAGUUCGAUUCUUCUCUACCAUUCAUUAACCAGCUCGAUCCUUCUCCAUCUGCUUUUAAGCAACUCGAUCCUUCUCGGCGGCUGGUCUUUUUACCUGCAACACCUUCACCUGUUGCUUCAUCUCUUUUGCCUCCGGUUUUCUACUCUCCUCCUCCUCUUCCUCCACUCCCACCCACCCCGUCGCCUUUGACGUCACGGCCCACCCCCUUUACCAUACCCAAAGCCACUCUGCCACAGUCUUUCUCCCCGACAACCUCAGAGAGACCUUCACCGUCACCCGGUCCAACGACCACCCCAACGCCUAACCCUCUGGAUAUGCCACCGCACGUUCUUUCUCUGUUCCUUUUCCUCCUUUCUCCAACGCCUCCCCCUUCAACGUCCAAUUCCUCGACGGUGCUGCCUCCUGUCUCCGCACUCCACCGGCUCCUCUCGCCAGCCAACGCGUUUUCCCAGGGCUGCAUUCCUCCUGGUGGCGUCUUGAGAGGACGCUAUUCCUUGAGCCUGACACCCCAAGCAGGCCUGCAGUACGGCGUGUUCUUGGCGUCCGUGCCAGCACUCGACCAGUUCACUGUGUGCAUGAGGUUCCAAGUGUCGACUCUGGCCCGAUCACACUUCCUCUUCUCUUACGCUGUGCAGGGCCAGGACAACGCCAUUCUGGUAUUUGUCAGCCCGGGGAGCAAGCCCGGUCUCGGGUUCUACGUAAACAAUGUCCGGAUGAAGGCGAACGCAGACAUACGUGUGCGCAGGUGGUAUAGCAUGUGCGCCUCGUGGCUCUCCGACCAAGGGGAAUACGCCAUCUACCUUAAUGGGGUGAAGAUCAAAAAAGGAAUUAAAAAGUGUCCCGGCUGUGAGGUCGAGAGCGGAGGGAUAGCGGUGUUGGGUCUGGAGCAGGACCGUCCGGGCGGAGGCUUCAACCCGCGGCAGGUAACCCAUGGACACGUAACCAGCUUGCACGUGUGGAACAAGGCCCUUCAUGACACCUUCCUUCAUCCCUAUCUCUGCUGCUCCUCUGGCAGAGAGGAGGUCGAAACGUCUCAGGUCGCCUGCGAGGUCACCAAUUCAACCCUGACCUCCCACAGCAAGCAUGUUAUCGAGUGGGGUGUGACUCCGAUGGCAGUUAUGGGCGGCGCUUUGUUUGUUCCUUUUGAUUUAUGAUUUACUUUUCAUUCAAAAUACAAUUCCGAACAAAC